AUGGCCACUUUCCUGCGUCGGCCAGGCAAUCUUGCCCGAUACUCGAGGAGAGCUACAGAAUGUGCGGGGUAUGCAGCGCGAGGUGCGAGACCUCGUUCGUUGCAACAAUCCCAGCUUUCCGCGUUCAUAUCAGCCCACCCGUCUCCGAACGUAUGCCACCGGGAACCCAAGGCGAUCCCGAGCCUCCACGAGAUCAAAAAGACCCAAAAAAGAGUGACUCGGAUGAGUCGGCACGGUCAUCGCGGCCGGGAUGGGAAUGGGAACAAUCCCGCAGCGCAAUUUCGGAAAAAGGCCCUGAAGACGGAAAGGAGCAAAAGCAGCCGGGAAUACAAAGGCGAGCAAGGAGGAGGUGAAGCAGAUCGACGACCUUGUCAACUCAUUAAAGAAGAAUUUCCCGGGCAUCCCAGCCGAAAACUGAUCGAGGAGGCUGGGCCAGCUAUCGAAAGCCAUUCGAAUUCAAGUAUCGAUGCUGGGAGUUCUUUGAUCGGAGCCUUCAUUUCAUACUACGUUUAUCGACGUCUGUUUACCGGCGAAUCCUCCAGGGAUAUUACGUGGCAAGAAUUCAGAAACACAUUCUUUGACAAGGGACUUGUCGAUAAACUCACAGUUGCUAACCGCAGCACAGUACGCGUCGAUCUCCCCCGUGAGGCUGUCGCAAGCAUGUACCCUGAAUCACCCGCCAGCAGACCAAAUUUCCAUUACUACUUCACAAUAGGAUCCGUCGAAGCUUUUGAAAGAAGGCUAGACGAAGCACAAAGGGAACUUGGCAUACCUAGCUCUGAGCGUAUCCCUGUUGCCUAUGCCGAUGAAGUCCCAUGGCUUGCCACUUUACUAUCCUUCGGUCCCACGCUAUUACUCAUUGGUUCUUUCUUCUGGUUAUCAAGACGUGCUGGUGGCGGCGGAGGCGGGCAAAGCGGUAUCUUCGGUAUUGGGAAAAGUCGGGCGAGACGCUUCAACCAUGAAACAGAUAUCAAGAUCAAAUUCUCCGACGUUGCUGGAAUGGACGAAGCCAAAGUUGAAAUCAUGGAGUUUGUUAGCUUCCUGAAGAAACCAGAACAGUUUCAACGGCUGGGCGCGAAGAUUCCUCGUGGUGCCAUUUUGUCAGGGCCUCCUGGUACCGGUAAGACGCUGUUGGCGAAAGCAACUGCUGGUGAAUCUGGUGUUCCUUUCUACAGUGUCAGCGGUUCGGAAUUCGUGGAAAUGUUUGUGGGUGUUGGUCCAUCCCGUGUUCGUGACCUUUUCGCAACUGCACGAAAGAAUACUCCUUGCAUUAUCUUUAUUGACGAAAUCGACGCUAUUGGUAAAUCGAGAGCUAAGCAGAAUUUUGGUGGCGGGAACGAUGAGCGGGAAAGCACCCUCAAUCAAAUUCUCACUGAGAUGGAUGGAUUUAAUACCUCUGAACAAGUUGUCGUCCUUGCUGGUACAAAUAGGCCGGAUGUUCUUGACAAGGCGCUGAUGCGUCCCGGUCGAUUCGAUAGACAUAUUGCCAUCGAUAGACCAACGAUGGACGGUCGGAAGCAGAUUUCGACUGGCGGCGUUGACACUGGUUUCUCUGGAGCUGACAUUGCAAACUGUGUGAACGAGGCUGCUUUGGUCGCUGCUCGUGGCCACGCAGCUAGCGUCACGAUGAAACAUUUUGAGCAAGCGAUUGAAAGAGUUGUCGGUGGCCUCGAGAAGAAAUCCCUUGUACUCUCCCCUGAUGAGAAGCGGACUGUUGCGUAUCAUGAAGCCGGCCAUGCUAUUUGUGGCUGGUACUUCCAAUACGCCGAUCCAUUACUCAAGGUGUCCAUCAUUCCCCGUGGUCAAGGUGCUCUCGGCUACGCUCAAUACCUACCCGCUCAGGGUGACACGUACUUGAUGAACGUUCGCCAACUUAUGGACCGCAUGGCCAUGACGCUUGGUGGCCGUGUCAGUGAGGAGCUUCAUUUUGACACCGUUACCAGCGGUGCUAGCGAUGACUUCAACAAGGUGACACGGCUCGCUACUGCCAUGGUUACUAAAUUCGGUAUGUCGUCCAAGAUCGGAUACCUGUACUUUGAGGAAGACCAGCAGCAACUGCACAAGCCCUUCUCCGAAGAAACAGCCAAGAAUAUCGAUCUCGAAGUGCGACGCCUGGUCGAUGAAGCUUACAAGCAAUGUCGUGAUCUACUGGAGGCCAAGAAGCCUGAAAUCCGUCUCGUGGCCGAAGAACUUUUAUCGAAAGAAGUCCUCAGUCGCGAUGAUCUCAUCCGCCUCCUUGGCAAGAGGCAGUGGCCAGAAUCAGGAGAGUUUGCGAAAUACUUUGACGGAACCGGAGGUGGUGGAACGAUUGCUCCACCACCACCGCCCACGGAGGGCACGAAUAUGACCGAGAGAGAUCAAGAAAAUGACUCUCCGGCGCCUAACGCCUCAUCAUGA